GCCCAGUCUUUUCUUCAUCUCUCCUGGUCUGCGGUCGCAAAGAACUGUUUCGGCUCGGUUAGUCGACGACUUGCCUUCAAAGUGCGCAGGGGCCUUUUGAUUCCAUCUGACAUCAACUGGUUGCUUAUCAUCGGGUGAAUACAUUUUGUUUUUCAACAGGUUCAAACUCUCCAUAUUCAAAUCAGCUCGCGAAAACGAAGGUUCCAUCGAUCGGUCACGUCUCCGAGCGGAACCGACCGCCUUGAACCAAUCCGAUACAAGGACGGGACAUUAACGAGCAAAACCAGUCAACUACUGUGGUGGUACCAUUAAAAAAAAAAAAACAGAAAUAAAAAAAUAUAAAAAGAAAAAGGACGAUUUUCGGCCAUGAUUGCGUUAGUGGGACAAGUGGGCAGGAUCGGAUGCCUUCUUGUAAUGGUACUUUUGGUGUGCGCGACCGGAAUUGAAACAGCUUCCGGCCAUCGCCACCACGUCAACGGCGGCGACAACGGCAACCAUCAUCAAGGACUUGCCAGCAAAUCCCGGAUUUUAACGAAAACAGAUCCGUCGAUCAAUCAACAAGAUCAGAGUCCGAUGAUGACAAUCAAGAGCCUGGCCAAUUCGGGAGAAAGACGAGUACGAAAAAGGAGCAAAUGGCUACAAUCAACGACAUCGUCUGCUCCGUCCUCCUCGUCAUCGUCGAUGAGUCACUACUUCAAUAAGGACGGCACGUUCUUGAAGCGCAUCGUGACCGAAGUGAUAGCCGAACGGGACGCCCAGAUAGCCGCCGCCCUCUUCGAGGUGGCCAAAAACCAGCCCCAUCUCCAAAUGAUGGUUCAAACGUUGGGAGAACUGAGUCAGAGCAAUCAACGACUGGAACUGUCUUCCACAAGACUGGACGAGACUCAAAGAAGACUUGACAGCCGUCUCGGAGUUAUCAGCGAAAAAAUGACGCUGCUCGAAUCACGACUCGGCCAGACCGAACGGCGAAUUGAACGUGAAAUGACCCAAAUCCACGGGAAAAUGGACGAUGUCUUUCGCAACUUCCCUGAAAAAUCUCCCGAAGGUUUGAUGAGGGGAGUAAAACAGAUUCAAGAUCAGCUUAACGUCAUUGAAGAGAUUCUAUUGGAAAGAAGCCCGACGACCAAUCAAAUUCGCGCUAAAAAUCGACAUCAACAUAACGGGAAAUCGAACCACGGUCCAUCUUCCGCAGAGUUGCAAAAAGUUGGCAAUAGUCUGUCGCAGGCUAUCGCAGCCGCACACCUCGAUCUCGGGCGCGCCAUCCGCGAGGCCGAAAGCAACUUGGACCACCAGCUCUCGAUGCUGGCCAGCGACAAUGGCGUCUUUUCUUGCGCAAUCUCUAAACUCUUGGAACGUGACUCGAUGCUCUUCCAUCAACGGGCCGGUCAAGUGGCAUCGGCGGCCGAAGAACUGCUCUUGGCGCCACUCCAAACGUUGGACAUCAUCGAUCCGGCCAUGGCCGGCAACUUGACUCUGGGCCGUCAACUCUUGGAGGCCAACAGCAUUCAAACGGCCGAUCUGCUGACUUUCGACCAGUUGGCCAAUAAUUCCACCAAGUGCCUCCUCAAGUGCCCUUGAAAAAAAGAAAUCAAUCCACUCAAGUCCCUUGUUUCUUGUGUCUUUAAAAAACCCACCCCUCCCCCUACACCCUCUUGUUCUGCAUUUUGAAUUACGCAAAUUUUCUAUAUGCCAUUGUGCCAUCAUUAGCAAAGAGACACGACUCUCACGCAAACCAUCAUAUCCAGCAAAUUCUUCUUUCCCUUCACGAAAAUGGAAUUAAUAUAACAUUCAUAUAUUUUAUAA